AUGAAGCCGGUGGUCCUAGUCGUGCUGUGGCUAUGGCCUCCGUCCCUGCUGGCGUAUCCGACCAUAACUGUGUUGCCUGAUGAAGAACAGAAUUUGAAUCAUUAUGUACAAGUUUUACAGAACCUGAUAAUGAGUGUUCCUACCAGGGAGCAGGGCUCUGGGGAAACGUCCUUAAGUCCUACGGAAGUUCCAGAGCUGAAGUUUUCUCGGUACGAGCUGAUACACACCCCUGAGGGAGUUACCCCUGAGAACGACAUUCUUAUCAGGCCCUUCAACGAGGAAAAGACAACUUUCCCUACUAGCGGCUUCACGCUGGGGAUGGAGAGGAAAAAAAAAACUGAAACUACAGCGUUCUGGUCCAUCCGGCCAAAUAACGUUUCUGUUGUUUUACACGAGGAGGAACCUUAUAUUGAAAAAGAAGAGCCAGAGCCGGAGCCGGAAUUCGAGGAGCCCCAUCCCAGGCCACUGUGGCCUCCUGAGCAUGAGUCAGAGGAGGAGCAUGAUCUGACCACGAGCACGAGCCCGAGCCAGACCACAAGCACGAGCCGGAUCGCGAGCACGAGCCGGACCACGAGCAUGAGCCGGAUCACCGUAAGAACGAGUACCACCAGCAGCAUGGACAUCUCCACGGACUCUGAGGAUGUGCCCCAGCUCUCAGGCCAGCCGGAAACGGGAAACUUGGAAGACCUCUCUGGACACCACUCCGAGACUGCAAUACACGAGGACAUUUUGAGAAAAAUUUCCAAUAUUAAUGUAGAGGUUCAGCAGGGACCUCUUGGUGACGCCAACAACCCCGAGUACAAGGAGUACAUCAAGGCCUCCAGGGAGCACCUGAAACGGAGCCUGGCCCUGGCUGCAGCUGCCGAGCACAGGUUAGAAGAGAUGUACAGAUCUCACGUCUUCCCAGAGGAGAGGAUCAGCGAUUCAGUCAAUGACAUGGAAACAGUUAUCAACGUGCUGUAUAAUUCCAGGUCCAGGUUGCCGGAGUAUUUGAAUAUUAAGCAUGUACCAUCAGAGCUGAGGAAACAGGUCACGGCCGUGACGAGUGUGUUGAAAAAACUAUUUUGUGCAGAUCAGGUAGAGACGCAACGCCUCAUUAGGAAGCUGUUAAGCAAUAAUAUGAAAAUCCUAAAUAUCCUUAAUGUCCCAUGAUCAAACUCAUUUAAGCAAAGGGCUUGUUCACUGGAAAAUAAGCAUAUUAGUGAUUUUAAAAGUUGCCUAAAAUAUUUUCUAUUAU